CUCGAUGACCCCUCUGGGGGAGCAUGCACGCAGGAUGAGCAGUUCAGCCAGGCGGUGGCUUUGACCGCGUGCGCGUCGGCGCACGAGGCUGGGACAGCGGCCCUUGGCACUUAGGUAAGCUACCAAAUAGGGUCGCCUUCUUGCUUGCCUGCGGCCCCUCGCGACCGUUUUCUCCUGCCAACUCACUCCGUCGUCCCCCCCUCCUACGACCCUCCCUCUCGUCCGCACUUGCCUUUGGGCACCGUCAUUCUUUUACACACACUCCUUGAGUUAUUCACGCGAAGAACACUCCUCGCGCCUAUCACCAUGAUCUCGCUCAAGCUCUCAACUUGUGACCGUCGGAGGCGUCGCCCUCUUUGUCUGCUCCCUCGCACCACUGCGAACGCCCUCAGCGGUGGCAGCCACCAGAACUUUAACCGCCUCGCGGCGCACGAGGGCAUCUCCAAGAGGAACGCGCAGAACAAGCGUUCUCUGAACAAGCGCUGCAAGGCUCGUGACGGCAGCAACAGCACCGAUAUCGCUGCGUCUACGAGCUUCUCUUCCUCCUGGGUGGCUCCUACCUCUACCGACGUACCUUCCACCGACUGGAGCUCGUCCAGCGACUACACGCCUACCACGUCCUACACGCCCACGUCGACCUGGAGCUCGAGCAGCUCGUCUGCUGCUGCUGCUAGCCCUACGACUGCCGGCGGUACCAAAGUCGGCGUCGCGUGGACUGGCUCUAACGACCAAGAGCUCGCCACCGUCAAGACUUCCGCGACCAAGUUCCUGUACAACUGGAGCUCGUGGAAGAACUCUAACUCCGACUCCCUUGGUUACGAGUUCUGGGCCAUGCUUCAUGAUUCCUCGUCUCAGUCUAUCAGCGACUUCCAGAACAAUGUCGUGGCGGGUUAUUGCACGAACGUCAUGGGCUUUAAUGAGCCCGAGCAGCAGGGUCAGGCAAACAUGGACCCCGGCAGUGCCGCGUCUUUGUGGCAGCAGUACAUCGAGCCGAAGAAGGACUUGGGCAUGGGCCUGAUCUCCCCUGCGGUCACGUCCGACUCGGCGGGUAUUCCUUGGAUGCAGUCGUUCAUUUCGGCGUGCAACGGUGGAUGCACGUUCACUGCCGGCUGCGCGGCACACUACUACGGCACUGACCCGCAGGACUUCAUCAACUACAUGCAGACCUUCUAUAAUACCCUUCAAGGCAGCUGCAGCGUGAUCCAUGUUACGGAGUUUGCCUGCAUGGACUUCAGCGGUGCGACGACACCCGAUGACGGCCAGAUCUGGAACUUCUACAGCACGGCUAUUAAGUGGAUGGAGGCGACUCCAUGGAUCGGUUCCUACUUCGCUUUCGGUAUUCUCGACGACAUGGGCAAUGUCAUUCAGCAAGAUGCCCUCCUGGCUGGUGGCUCCGUGACCUCGCUGGUGACGCCUACAUCUACAACAGCUGGCAAUGAACAGUUAGGCGCUUCCCAAAGGAAGCUGCCGCUGUGCGGCCGCCGACGUUCACGCGUACACCCACGUAUAUACCCGCGCACUCAUUGAUGUGUAGUUCGUGCAUC